AUGGGUGGUGACGGAGGUGUAAUUGCAUCGAAUCGUCGAUACAUGCGGGGAGCUGGUGCUGCUGAUCACACGGGGGACUCAGCUCGACAGACAAAGUUGGAUCCAGCAGUUGAAAAAGAAGAGAUUCAACGAUCUAUGAAAUUUUGUGCACUUUCCGGUCAGCCUUUGGAAUUCGGAAAACAAACGAUUGUGGUAUGCCCCUAUGGUCGGCUGUACCAUAAGGAGGCUGCUGUUGAAGCACUUUUGCGAAGGAAACAGACCGACCAGGACGAACUCGGCGGACACAUUAGAGGGCUCAAAGAUCUCCAUGAAGUGCACUUCUCGCUGUUGAAUUCGAUGCCAAUCUGCCCAAUCACUGGUAAUGACUUAAAUGGAAACAUUCCUGCGUAUGUUGUUAUUCCCGGGAAGCCGGAUGAGGUUAACGCACUUAGUAAAAAGGGGAUGGAGCAAGUCGACAAGCAGACUAUUGUUGCGGACUAUGGACCGAUCGAAAGGAAAAUUCGCUUAGCGCCUCCUGCAGCAAUUUUAGACAUUCUGAAAAACGAAAUAAUACAGAAAAAUGCUGAGGAAAAGAUCUCCAGAGAAUUAAAGAGAGGACUAAAGAAGCGAAAGCGUAUCGAAGGUGAAGUGCUUGCCUGUGCAAACAAGUAA